AUGAAUGAAUGGGACUACAAAAAAGGUCGAACCCCCACAAAAAUAAGAGGGUUAUUUACAAGACAGGUGAAAAAUCGAUAUGAGAUAAUCAUCCGUGGUUACGAUAAAUUCUUUAAUGUCGGCGAGGUGUCCGAGACUACGUGGGAACAUUUGGAAAUGAAUACAUUAGGACCUUACGAGAUUACAUCCAAAGAGAAUGGAUGUAUCAUAUUCAUUGGUGGACUUCCAGGGGAUCAUAUUCUUGUUACAAGUAAACAUUCAAUGGGUGUAAGGGAAGAUGCCGUAGCCCAUGCCAUUGUAGGUGAACAAUGGCUUGACACACAUUUGGAAAGAGCGGGUAAAACUAAACAAGAGUUGGCAAGGUUCUUGUAUGAAAAUAGAUUAACUGCGGUAGCAGAGUUAUGUGAUGACCAAUUUGAAGAACACGUGUUACCAUAUAAUACACCAGAUCGUCGUGGAUUAUACCUUCAUGGAAUGAAUUUAAAUACGGUCAACCUCAAAACAUGGCAAAGUGAAAUGGUUGCAAAUUUCGCAAAAGAAUGGGGGUUUCGUUCGAUUCCUUUCUAUGUAAAACCAUCUAUAACAGAAGUUAAAAGCUUUAUUAAAGAAAUCAGACAAAGUGGAUCAUUGGAAGACGGUAUUCCAAUCGAAGGAUUCGUUAUCAGAGCAAAAACUAAUUCAGGACAAGAUUUUUUCUUUAAAGUUAAAUAUGAUGAACCGUAUCUUAUGUAUCGUGAAUGGAGAGAAAUUACUAAAGCACUUUUGAGUAAGAGGAACCCAAAAACCACUUAUACAUUGAGUAGACAUUAUCUUGAAUGGGUCAAGGAAAGAAUUAUAAAGCAGCCUGAACUUUUCAAUGGGUAUCAACAAAAUCAUGGAAUUUUCCGCGUUAGGGAUAUGUUCUUGGAAUAUUGGAAAAAUAAAUUUGGUGCCGAAGAAAUUCCAAUAGAAGAAAAUCAACAAUACCACAAAACCUUGUUGGUUCCAGUUGGGACAAUCGGAUGCGGAAAGACGGUACUCUCUGUUGCUCUAGCUAAACUGUUUUCAUUUGUACAUAUACAAAAUGAUAACAUUGUUGUAAAGAAACCAAGUUUGGAAUUUUACAAAAUCAUUAAUGAAUCAUUCAAGACUCGCGACGUUGUAAUUGCGGACAGAAACAAUCACCUUAAGGACUUGCGUAGAACUUUGUUAGAAGCUGUGAAAGAAAUUUGGCCAAAAGUCCGUAUUGUGGCUAUUUAUUGGAAUCAUGAUCAGCCAGAUCAAGAGAUUUUUCAAAUUACAUCUACUCGUAUAAUUACUCGGGGAGAAAAUCAUCAGUCUCUCACUCCAGGAAAUCCAGAUUAUGAGAGAGUAAUAUGGAAGUUCUUGCAUGACUUUCAACCUUUGGAUUCAAAUAAUAACGUGGACGACCAGUUCGAUGAUGUAAUCUGUUUAGAUAUUGCCAAUGAUAUUAAAACCAAUCUUGAGAUCGUAAUCGAUGGAUUACAAGGCAUCAUUGGAAUUGAAAAACCUGGUGAAGAUGCGAUUAAAAAUGCUUUAGACGAGAUAAAAAAUUACAAGCCUACAAUCCGUAAACGUCAAUCAUCUCAAUCAGCUAAUUCGGCUUUAUAUGUUGGAAUUGCUUUGGACUUUAAUGUUCAAGAUUUUCUUACAAGGUAUUUUAAGGAACAUUUACAAGAAGAACCUGAAAUCUUUAAGGAAUUGGUACAAAGGGAUCGUAUUAAACCUACAUCUCAUGUUACACUCGUUCAUCGUAAAGAAUUAAAAAAAAAUUUAUCCAGUGAGCAAUGGAAAAAAUGUAUAGCAAUGUGUGGUCAACCAGUAAAAUUGUAUAUCGACAAGAUAAUUGUAAAUGCACAAAUUAUGGCUCUUGUCGUCGAUAGAUUUGAUCCACAACAUAUCCCUUGUAAGAAUAAAAUUCCACACGUUACUGUUGGCACAAUUAGUAAUGAUGUAAAAGCCUUCCAAGCAAAUUCAUUAUGUGAAUCAAUGUUACUUAAUAAUGAUCAUGAUAACGAAGGACGUAUCAUUAAAUUAGAGAAAGAAUUGGAGAUAACUGGAAUCAUCAAAACCUUUCAUUACUAA